CUCCCGCCGUGGUUCGCGUUGAUAAAAGAUUCCCAUCGGGCGUUCUCGCGCUCAGUAGUGAUUCGGCCGUGCACAGUGUUAGACGUGGAAAACCUGGAAAAUCUUGGAAAACCUAGGAAAGUAGCAGCAACAGCUAGAUAGCCCCCUAGGCAGCAGCAAAGGAAACUCCCCACCCUCUCCAAGCUUUUUGGCAAGUUUUGUAGAUGUAAGGUUUUUUUUUUCCUGUUUCGGGUGAUGGUGAAAUGCUAUGGGACAGGAAUGUGAAUAAGUUGCAAUUGUUUAUGCGUUUCGCAGAUGUGGUCCAGCCGUCGUGAGUGAAUGAAAGUGUAGUAGACUGAGGUCAGUUCAGCAGUGCCAACUUGGAUUGGAUGGAAUUUUGAUGGAGACGGAUGGUGGUUUGUGAAGUUAACGAAAUCGAAAGCUGAGGGAAAACCAGCAAGAAGGAUUUACAAGAGUGCUGAAGUUGGAGGAUUAGAUGUAAUUGCCUUUUGAAGAGGAUCUUGAGAGGGGGAAGGCAGAAAGUGUGCUCUCUUUAAGAUUAAGACGGAAUAAAUUGAAGAAUUUUCCGGUUCAAGGGGCGCUCUUUAUUGCAUUAUAUUAAAAAAAAAUGAUGGGAAAUGUUAAUCGCUAUUGCGGGAUCCAGUAAUUUCUGAGUGGAAUGGAGUGAUGCUUAAGUGAAUUUUUCAGAGGAGUAAAAAAAACAGCAAAUGAUCACAAACAGUGUAUUUUGUAUAAAUCAAGAAACGUAAUCGGACAAGUUUUUUUAUCGAUAGGUGAGAAGUGACCGAGAGUGAAAGCUUUUCGCUGUUGUACAUAGAGGCCUCCCACACGAUAUAAAUGUGCUAAUGAACGGGAAUUCCAACACUUCGCCCUGCUCAGUCCCCCAAGAAGAAACCCGUAGCCUGCCUGGAUCUCCGUCAACAGACAAGUUAGUGUCGGUGUCGUCCCCACUCAUGGCCUACUAGAGGAGGCAUCCGUAUGUGUGUAGUACGACUGAAGCGGCGAUCGUAGAGCAAUCCGUCGUCGUGAGCAGCUCUUUAUGUACAAUCUGUUGAAUGUUUUUCCCAAACCGCACACACAAGAAGCAGCGGUGGCACCCAUUUCCACCCGCCAAGUGAGAGAAGAUAUUCGCCCGCGUGUGAGAGUGCCCUUUCGCACAUGCAAAACUACCUAAACGGGGUGUGAAAUUCCUCGAAUCCUUCGGUGGGUCAAUAAAAUGAAGAAAAUUUGUGCGCUCCCAAGGAAAACCACCCAAACAGGACGAGUUAUCUGCUUUAAGUGAAUUUUGUACAUUCAAAGGAAUUACCCCAGGAGGCAAUUCGGACGAAAUACAGGCGACAGCAGACCUCUCACAGGGAAGGAAGAAAAUGCAAAGGUCAUGAAUUGCGAUAAACAAGUGCUGCACUCUACCGGUUGAACCUGGCUUGCUACCUGCAUAAGGAAGAAGACGACCCGUUCAACGAAACGAAAUGCACAGUCACGAAAUUGCUGUGGAAGCUCAUCAUUGUGGUCGGGGUGUUCGAAUCCCGCCAACCUCCAACGAUAACGGUUGGAACGAAUGAGUUUUUUUUCGGGGAGUAGGGUUCGCGAUUGUCGAAAGUGAUUCCAGUUCGUGAACAAACCUAGGGUUUGGCAAAACAAAAGGCAUAAAAGCCUACUUGUAUAAUCGAGAUUAGAUCGUGGAACGGUGUCGUAGUUACCAUUUUUAGUCGAGUUCUGCAAAGAAAAGCUCAAAGCAUAGAAGCAUCCGGUUGCUAGGAUUAGUAGUGCAAGCCGUAGUUUGUGAGUGCGUUCGUGUGUAAAUACAGAGAGAUCCAAAGAUCCAAGAAGAAUUGCUGAGCUUCGCUCUCGGCAGAGGAAGAAAAAAGAGCAUCCCCUUCAACGACAGGCACAAUGAGCUUCUUCAGUUCACUUCAGCAGUACGUGACAAGUGGCGUGGCCGGGUUGGGGCUGAAUCCCCGCCGGUUCUCGUUAUCGAGGCAGGAAUCCACCGAGGCCACCACCCCGGCUGCCAGUCCCAGUCCGAUGAUGAGCUCCGCUGGAAGCUCGAUCGGCAGCUAUGGGGCCAUGGGAGGUUCGGGUGGAGUCGGCAUGGGAUCCGGAGCCACAGGAGGACCAGCUGCACUGGGUUAUCCAAAGGUGGUGACACCAUCCGGACCCGGAGGCUCAAUAGUCGGACCAUCGAGUGGUUCAUCCGUGAGCAGCGGAGGAACAGUUACCAGUGGAGUCGGAACGGGAAGCAGCACAAACCUGACAGUGGCCGGAGCUGCCGGUGCCACCUCAGCCGGGGGAGGAUCCGGUGGCGCAGGUGCAGCCGGCAAUGUCUCUCCAAUGCGUCGGCAAUCGUCCGCUCGGGGCUUGGACACGUUGGUACCCCCGGGCCGCACCGGUUCCUUCCGGGGUCGCAACUCACCCAAUCCGACAUCGCCAAACAAGCCCUGCUUCUCAGUGUGGAAGCGGCGACCCUCCUGGCCAGAGGUCGAGAUUAAAUCAUCGUCCGGUCGCCGCCACCGGCUGUCCCCUGCACCGCUGCUCGAAGUGCAAGGCGAGCUGGCUCCGGCCAUCACCGCCGAGGAAAAUGCAGGCGGCUUCAAAGAGAUUGUCUACCGGUUCGACAAAAUGAAUCCGCCCUAUAACAGUGUCGUUAGUGCCAAUAACAAUAGCGUCCAGGAGAAUGACGGUUCCUAUUUCGAAAGCUUCACUGCCCUGUCGUGGAAGAACGAAAACCGACGGAUGUCGGCGGUCCGAGCGGUGGAAACCCGCGCCGAGGUGCUGCCGGAAAACGAUAACGACCGGCUGCUGGAGGACGACAUCGAACGGUCCGAGCAGAAGGAGCAUCUCUAUCUGGACGUGCUGUACGCGAUUGCCAAUACGGUGGGCGCUCCCGCGCCAGGAGGACAGUACAGCGAAAAGAAGUGGCUGCAAUUUGCACACUACAAGGAGGAGAUGUACCUGCAAGCCCAGCGGGUGUUCAACGUAUCCGCCGAUCGGCACUACCGGUUGCUGCACGCGGCCACCGAGGAAAAGCCCAAGAUUAUCGUGCUCACAGUCAUCGUCCAGGAAGCGGACGGGCUAGAGGCGAAGGACGCUAACGGUUUCAGCGACCCGUACUGUAUGCUGGGCAUACAACCCUCGGGGACACCUCCACCACCUUCGCCGCAGCCACCGAUGACUCCGCGGACGCUCUCCGACACCGGCAUGGACAGCUUGGAUUCGCCCGAGCACGGGAAGCUCCGGAAACACCACAGUUUCCGGCUAAGUUUCAAGCGUAAGGACGGCCGCCAGCAGCGCGAUUCGGUAGGGCCUGUGCCGGCCAAGUUCAUCCGGGCGACCUCGGUCAAACCGCACACCCUGAGCCCGAAGUGGCACGAAAAGUUCAAAUUUGACAUAGACGACAUUCACUCGGACAUUCUGCACCUCGACAUUUGGGACCACGACGACGAAAGUAGCGUGCUAGAUGCUGUUUCACGACUGAACGAAGUUAGAGGAGUUAGAGGAUUAGGUAGAUUUUUCAAACAAGUGUGCCAAUCGGCACGCCAGGGUUCGCAGGACGACUUCUUGGGUUGUGUUAAUAUUCCAGUCUGUGAUAUUCCUUCAACCGGUUUGGAGGGUUGGUUCAAGCUGGAAGCACGCAGCAGUCGCAGUUCAGUGCAGGGCCGUAUUCGGCUGAAGCUGUCCCUCUCGACGCGGGAGGAUCGCGGUAACUCCGAGGAGGACAACACGCUGGAGGUAAAAAAGUUCGAACGGCUGCAAACGAUCUUCAUGAUGCAUGAACUAAAUGGUUACGAACCGGCGUGGAAGUGGAACGGUGAACUGGCAGGUCCAUCGCUCACCAUCCUGCAUCAGAUAGCAGUCCAGAGCGAUCUGUCCGACAUGCAAAUCUCACUGGCCAAAUUGGUAGCAAUCAUCCGGAUCAAUCGAAAGAAACCUCUGGACACCAAAUUCAUUCACCGGCAGUUGAUCGAAGUCGACAAACUAUGGGUAAACAACUACAGCAACGAACCACUGACCCGCGAAUUGGAACAGUGGCUAGCCGAUGCGCUCAACGGUUUCGUCGAACGAUCGCUCAGUCACAUGCGACGUCAUCGGGAGGUAUUCCCGGCGAAGCAUCCACCCUCCCUCGUUCGGUUAGAGUUCCUGCUGCGGUGUCUUGGACUUUUGGGCUCGAUGCGAGCCUUCCGUCAGGUUAGCCCCUUCAGCAAAGGCGUCCGAGGCGAGAUCGUCGGGGCGCUUAGAAAAGGAUCAAUUACGUGGUCACAGGCUCAACUACGGGAAGCCACGCGAUCGCCGAACCCUCUGGUACACUACACUACGAUACUGGUCGCGGAUCUGCAGCUUGGACUCGCUUACUACCAUACGUUGUUCGAUUCGACUAACGGCAUCCAGUACUUUAGUAUUGUGUAUAAACAGUUUGACGCUCUGCUUGGAGAGGAAGUCACCAACCGCAUCGAGUCCGGACAAAUGCCAGGUUCCAUAGUUAAUCAUUGGACUAUCCUGGAUAACGAUCGGGAGCCGGACACCGCGCCGUUCGAGAUCUACUUCGCCCUGCAAGAGUUCCACAACAUGAAGUCCAACCUGUCGGUAACUCCGCAACCUCCGGAGAAACCUCUCGGUCUGCAAAACUUCCACGAGUGGUUUGAACCUGCUGUCCAGCGAUGGAUCUCGAUCAGUAAAACGAAAGCGAUCCAACGAAUCAAGGCUGCCGUCAACGUCGACACCCUUUGCGAAGGGGAACGAAUCGUACGGCACAGUACGUCAGCGAUCGAUACGGCUUCCUGCUUCUAUCAAAUCAAAGAGUUUUGGAAGAAUCUGGCUUGGCCAGAGCCAGGCUCGGGUGCGCAUUAUGAAGCGUUGAUCAUCGACCUGGUUUGUACAACGGCGAACGUCUACUCCGAUCUCAUCCACCAAAAUCUGAGCGAGAGUGGAUACUACGAUAAAUCCGGUCCUCAACGAACAGCCGACGACAUGUGCGUGAUCGUCAACAACUUAGAAUACGUCAGGAGAGCAUUGUCCGAGUUUCAUCCCACCACACACCACCUAUCGGAAGCUGCUGAAAAUCUGCUGGAGAAUACCAUUGCUCAACUGGAGAACAAAGCUGAUCGAGUUCUUGGAAAACUGACGGCUUCGAUGCAAAGUCCACUACAAAAAGCCGUCUUCCAUUUGGCUUGGUCGCCUGACUCUUUGCCCGCUAAUCAGGCCGUCAUGCCGCUGCUAGAAUACCUAGAUUCGCAUCUGGCAACACUGAACGUGACGCUUCUGUCGCAGAACUUCUACCGUGCGAUGAGCUUGAUCUGGAACAAUGUCCUGACGGAGUUCGCCAAACAGAUGGACGCCGGCGGAGAAGGCGACAAGCCGAGUAAUUUCCACGAUCGUAUGUACGGAGCGUUGCAGUUACUCGGAGAGUUCUUCAACGCCGAAGGCCUGGGACUACCGCCGGAGAUCCUGCAUAGCGAUCUGUAUUGGCGUGUUGCCCAGCGGUUGCAGUAUCACAAAACUGAUACCGAGCAGUUGAUCGACCUGUUCUACAUGCAGAGACUGCAGGAACAGCUGAACACCGUGGGGCCGACUUCGUUGGGUAGUUUGUCGGUGAAGGCGUACUUCAACCACGAUUCGCUGUGCGUCGAGGUGCUGCACGCCAAAGAUGUCAUCCCGCUGGAUCCGAACGGAUUCAGUGAUCCAUUUGUGAUUAUCGAGCUGCUCCCCAGGCGGUUGUUCUCGCACUGUUCGGAACAGCAAACCAAUGUGCAUAAGAAAACGCUCAAUCCCGUGUUCGACGAAUGCUUCGAAUUUUCGGUCACGCAAGAACAAUGCCAAGCCGAGGUGGCCAUGAUCGUGUUCACCGUGAUGGACCACGACGUGCUGACGGCGAACGAUUUUGCUGGUGAGGCGUUCCUGGCGCUGAACAACAUCCCCGGCGUGGGUCGGGCGUUCAACAUGAACAUCGACAACUUUGACUGCGUGGCGCAAAUGGAUUUGCCCCUGCUGGAAAUGAAGGACAAAAGUCACCCGAUUUUGCUGAUCUUGGAAGGACGAGUUAACGAUAAGAAUGCCAUGGAAUUCGUGCGGAAACAGAAGGCUCGCGUAGUAGGCUAAGUCAAUCAUAUAGUAACCAUAGAAGUAGCGGAAACCAUUAUGUCAAUCAUAUGAAAAUACACUUUAAUUGUAGUAGUGAGAUGAUAAGCAUAACCUAUGAAAGUGAGAAGAACAAUGCUUUCAUAAUCGAUCUUAUUCGAGCUAAUCUUGCCAACAUGCUGAUUUCGCGUGAAAAUCAAACAUCUAGAAUUUAAUCUCACGUGAGUAAAACAAUGCCUUUCACUUGAUAAAUCACCAUCUGCGUAAAUCUGCUCAUGUGUGUCAAUGAAACAAAAAGUUUAACUUGUAGAUCCUUUCCCGUACACAGAACACGACCACCUUUAGAACGUAGUUGAUAUCAGCUAGGUGUGUGCGAUACACCAUCCCCAGAAACAAUGGAAAACAGCACAAAUAGUCACACAACUACUUAGAUCCUAUCAGUUAUUUUCUACAAAAAUGAGUAUUUUUAUAUCAGACUGUUUAUUUGGAUGCUAUUUAUGGAUCAUCUACCGUUAAGUUUUAGCUAACGAGUAAACUAAAACCAACUGUAAACUAGCCUAGUCUUGUACAUUUGAAUCUUUGUAUAAAAACUAACAAUACAAACAACUUUAGAGAUGCUAUACAUAAGUUCAGAGAUGGCAUUUCACCGUAGCGAUUCACUGCGGCGUCAGUUUAUCGACCACACUGGGGAUAAGAACAUUUUUCACCACACCAAGAAGCCAGUUUCUCUUGUUUUGGGUGGUGGGGAGACCAAGCGCUAGUGCGUGCUCUUGCUCGUCCGCCUUGGAUCGAGUGUGGCUCACUCUUUCGCGCGCAUCGCUCUCCGGCGCUCUCCCGUGUUUUCACCCAGCAGUCACCGAGUCACCACCUUGGUGUCACCGGGGCGAGAACUCUCCGGUGUUUCACCGCAGCGCGCACUCUGGCGCAAAAACCUCACUGGAGCGCACAGUGGGAUCAUUCUGAUAAAAGACGAUCAAAACCUCUAAGAGCGGUUAGAUGACAUUUUAGCACAUAGGUGUCUUUGGAAGAUAUGUUCAGAAAAAUCUUCUCUAUUUUUAUGCAUAUUCACUGUAGGAUAAAACUGUAGGGUGAACCCGAGCAAAAAAAUAUUUUUUUCAAGAUAAUUUUUAGAGGGUAGAUGUCUUCAGCAAAGUUGUAGAACAAGUAAUUUCAAGUAACUUUGCUGAAGACACCAUAUAGCUUGAACUUCAUUUUCAUGGAGAAAAUAUGACAGUUUAAAAAACAACUUCAAAAUCAGUUUUUUGAACUUUUCCAUGAUUAUAUCAUAAAAUAUCAACGUGAUAUGUUCUACAAGUUUGUAGGUACUACUGCAAUACACUAUCUUGCUGAAGACACCAACUCUAUAAAGUUGAAAAUUGCUCCAAUAAAUCAUUUUUUUUCACUAUUUUCACUAUUGAAUAUUUUUUGAAUAGGCACUUUUUGGCAGCCGUGCUAUCAAAAUUUCAAUGCUUUAUCAUGUCCAGAAUAGACCAAAAGUGACUUAACAAUCGGGUCUGAUAAGGCACUUUGAUUUCUGAUGCUAUUUUAAUAGUCAUUUUUCAAAGAAAAUAUUCACUAAUUUCAUACAAAUCAUUUAAUACAAACUGAAAACUCACGAAAACUUUUCGACAUUAAUAUUUGUUAAUCAAAAUAGUAUUCUUGUUAAAAUAGUCAACAUUUCUAACACUUUGGUUGACUUUACAUUGAAUACCCGACAAAAAAUAUCGCUUUUUAAAUUUCUAGAUGAGUUAAAAACUCACUAUUAAAUAUUUUUUGAGUAGGUACUUUUUGGCAGCCAUGCUGUCAAAAUUUCGAUGGUUCAUUAUGUCCAGAAUAGACCGAAAUUGACUUAACAAUCGGGUCUGAUAAGGCACUUUGAUAUCUGAAGCUAUUUUAAUAGUAAUUUUCAAAGAAUGUAUUCACAAAUCUCAUACAACCUUUCGAUAUUAUUUUUAGCUCAUCCAAGUAGUAAUUCUGAAUAAAAAAAAACAGGUUAAAUAAAUGUAGACUAUUUCAACUGUUAGUGUCAUUUAUUUUGAACUACAAAUUUUGAAAGAGGGAAAAGGCUCUUUGAGUGAUUUUCUCACCUACGAAAUCUUUCUCAAAAAGGCACAAAACCUUUUUAUGUUUUCAAAAAAUCGUUAUAAUAUAAAUUUAAAACUAAAGGCUCAUCCGGAAGAGUAUCCAUCAUCUGUAGAGCCUUUUUAACCACUGCGUCCAUUAUAUAGGAAUAUUGUUGUAAGAGUAUCCAUAAUCGAGCCGUGAUCUUGAUGCGGAUUUGUCAAGGGAUGAACCAAGGUAAUAUGUCUACGACGAAGGAAUUUUGAAAAUCAUGGACAGGAAUCGACCCAACCGACACAGUUCUUGAAAACUGGAAAAAAUAAAUUUUAAAGAGUAUCAAACAGCAUAACCAAUUUCAAUAAAAUAUCUGUGAAGAAUUUUCAUCAUGACGUAAGAUUUACCACCUAGAAUAUCUCUAGCAGAUACUGGCUAUUUCAAUGUGAUGUAACAAUGUUUCACUCGUUUUAUUUUAAUUUUUUAUUUGCAACACAAAACUUGUAGAGGCAUUCAUUAUAUUUUCGCCUUUUUAGUUUUUUAACCAAAGUUAUAAUGUUAACAUAGCAAAUGAAAAUGUUAUCACUGUUUUAGUUGAUUGAUUAAUGUAUGUAUUUUAACAUAAACAAAUGCAUUGGGAAUUACAAUAAAAAAAUGAUAAAAAACACAGUUUUGAAUUGGUAUUAAAAACUCAUCUAAAAAUUUAAAAAACAAUAUUUGUUGUCGUAUAUUCAAUGUAAAGUCAACCACAGUGUUAGAAAUGUAGACUAUUUCAACAAGAAUACUAUUUGGAUUAACAAAUAUUAAUGUCGAAAAGUUUUCGUGAAUUUUCAGUUUAUAUUAAGGCCGAUGCAAAUAUUUAAUUUGUUUUAUGUCACCCCCCCCUUCAAAAAUCUCAAAAUAUUGAAGGGGCGAAAAAAAAAAACAUGGCGUCUCAUGACUCCAUUUUCAAUAGACAUUUUUUUUACAAGCAACUAUUUUUCAAUAGUUGAAAAAUAUUUUUUCAAUAGUUGGUAAAAAUUCCAAUUUUUCAAUAGUUUUUUUUUCGUUUGUUCCUUAUUUAUUUUUGUCCUCCCCCUCGUACCUGAUGAGAGGUCUCGGACAUAAAAGAAAAAUAAUAUUUGCAUCGGCCUAAUUAAUUAGAAUGAAAUUUGUGAAUAUUUUCUUUGAUAAAUGACUAUUGAAAUAGCAUCAGAAAUCAAUGUGCCUUAUCAGACCCGAUUGUUAAGUCAAUUUUGGUCUAUUCUGGACAUGAUAAAGCAUUGAAAUUUUGAUAGCACGGCUGCCAAAAAGUGCCUAUUCAAAAAAUAUUCAAUAGUGAUAAUAGUGAAAAAUUUUCAAAAAAAAUGGUUUACUGGAGCAAUUUUUAAUUUUACAGAGUUGGUGUCUUUGGCAAGAUAGUGUAUUGCAGUAGUAUCUACAAACUUGUAGAACAUAACACGUUGAAAUUUUACGAUAUAAUCAUGAAAAAGUUCAAAAAACUGAUUUUAAGGUUGUUUUUUAAACUUCCAUAUUUUCUCCCAAAAAAUGAACUCCAAACUAUAUGGUGUCUUCAGCAAAGAUACUUGAAAUUACUUGUUCUACAACUUUGCUAAAGACAUCUACCCUCUAAAAAAUUAUUUUGAAAAAAUAUUUUUUUGCUCGGGUUCACCCUACAGUUUUACCAUAAGUGAAUAUGCAUAAAAAUAGAGAAGAUUUUUCUGAACACAUCUUCCAAAGACACCUAUAUGCUAAAAUGUCAUCUAACGGCUCUUAGAGGUUUUGAUCGUCUUUUUUCAGAAUGAUCCCACUGUGGAGCGCGCGCCCGGGUGAUUUUUUAUAAUUUCACCGGGGAGAAUUUUAAAUCGCUCUCAGCGCACUGUUGUGUGGCCUAGUGCUCAGGGAGCUAAGAGAUUUAUUUCUACCCACCAAGCUUGCGCGCAUCCGAAUCGCAGUGGUGGAUCCACAUAUAAGAGACGGGCUCCUGUUGAGAUGCACAGCGUGAGUGGUGUAUUUUCUAUUUCUCUUUCCUACACUGAGGAUAUGGACAUCUCUGCAUAAGUUUAUACAAAACUAAAUGACAAAGACAAGAAACCUAAUCCAUGGUGUAGUGAGCUCUUGGAACAAAACAACAGAGAAAAAAAGAAACUAUAAGAAAACUGUAUUUUAGAUAAAAACUCUCACUUCUGGGGAAAGACCCAAACCAAAAAACAACACGAAACUAAACCAAAAACGAAAACGACAAAUGGAAAACAAAAACAUUAACUUUUAAGCUGUAAAUUUUCUCAAACAAACUGCAGAUAUUUUCUUAUGAAUGAAUAAAAUCUUAAACAAAACGCAAAAUCAAGGAAGCGGUCGCGGCUCAACGCGACCGUUUCCGCUUGUAUAGUACGGAUUUGUUUAAUGGAACAUUGAAAAUAGGAAAACCAAAAAACACUAUGUCACACGACACUGUCAUCCUUUACCUGUACGCUACCUACACGCUACACAAACACACUCAUGCAAAGUACUGUAACUAUUCAACCAUCCACUAUUCGCCAUAAUAUCAUAACAGUGUGUCAGUCAUGCUUAUUCGCUAAUUUUCGAAAUCAAAUUAUAUUGAUAUUGGUAUACCCCGGUUUAGUGGACAUUUUAAUUUUUGAAUUUUAUUUUUAUUCAAGUUCUAUAUUAAAAUUUACCAGAACAUAUAAAAACUGCAUGAAAACUGAGUAUUCGAUAAAAGGCUCGGAGUUUUUGGCAUGUAUUAGUAUUUCUCGCAUACAACUAUCUUGCUAGCUUGUUACGAUCGAAAUCUUUUGUCUACAAGAAUAUAUGGUUGAUUAAAAAGCCAAUAUUGCAUAAAUGUUCAAAAAAAUCAAAAAGUUCAGAAAUUCAUUCAGGGAUUCCUUUGAAAAUGUCUCGGAGGAUUUAUUUACCCUGGAAUUCCUUUACGAAUGGAUCACUAAAAUAACUAAAACGGCCGCUAUGGGAUGAACAGAUAGCGCCACCGUAGCCUUGUGUGUUUGACAUAACUCGACUGCUAGUGCUAUCACAAUGCUAAUGUCCAUAUACACGGAGAGACGAAACUACCCAAAAGUGAGUUCUUUCCACCCAACUUCGGGGUUGCGCGCGUCAAGCCAAUUUUGAGUUGAUAGAAUCGAUGUUUUUGUUGGGUUGUUACCGCUUGCUUCCAUGUGAAAAAAUACCUAAUUUUAAGUUUUUUUCCACCCAACCGAAAUUUUGACUAGGUUGUAUUCACUCAAAUUUGAGUACUGUGCUAGAAACUCAGUGUUGGCUUGACGCACGGAACUGCAAAAGUUGGGCUGUUUCUCUCUUCACUCUCUGACAACAACAGAAAGAGCGCAUGAAAAGGGAGAUGAAAAAGAACUCAAAAUUGAGUUUAAAAGUACCUAAUUUUGAGUUUUUCAGUUUCUCCGUGUACACUCAGCGAAAAAAACUAGCGAAAUUCAUCGGAAUACCUUAUGAAAAUUUGCUAUAACUAAUUCUUAUGGAUGACAUAAGAAUACCUUAUGAAAAUUGAUCGUGCUUACUAUGACAAAUUUCAUAAGACAGACUUAUGAAAAGAACAAAAAAAUCUUAAAAUAAUGCAGACUGGAUUCGAUCCAUGAACGUCGGGAUCACCGAGCCCGUGUUUUAUCCACACGGCUACCGACGCUUGAGAAUACCAUGUUGCUAAACAUGAAUAAAAGCCAAGCUGUGAGACGAUUUUACGUCAUAGAAUGACCUUAUGAAAUUCAUCCGAAUCAUUAUGAAUUAUUUAAAGGCCUUUUCAUAAGUUGGGUCUUAUGGAAAUCUUAAGGUUAUUUGGCUGAGUGUACAGUGGCGCCUUUGUUUAUGCGCGGAGAAUCGAAGACUACUUUAUCAAGAAGACAUGCAACUCUGUUAUUUUCCCAUACUAACGGCAAGCGUCACCGACGGCACCGCCGCCUGGUGAGCUAAGGUGGUACUUUUGAGUAAAAGUGUAAGAGUGUAUUGGUGCGAGUAUGGAAAUUUACACACACUAUCAUGAAUAGUGCCACCUUCAUCCGGGGUGGUGCUGCUAGCAGUGACUCCCGAUUUUCAGCAGUGCUGCAAGUCUUCUUGAUAAUGUGGUCUUCGGGAGAAAGCUAGAAAAGGUUGCCUCAUUGAUCCAUAGUGGUUCCGCAGCGCGGCGUCACGAACACUAAUGAAAAUCUACUGGUUGAAAAUAUGCCCGUUUGAUUUUGCCGGGAACAGCUGAUUUUUGUUUACUAUUUUCCGCCAGUAACUCAAGAUAGUGUUCGUGUAAUACAACGUGUACGUACACGCAAGCAGAAACCACUAUUACAACAAAAAUGCUGCAGAAAUGCCUCCAGGGAUCACUUUUGGAACUUGAUAGCACAGACAAACAGACAUAACACUUGCGAAAUUUCCAUCGACCACGCUUUUAACGAUCAUUUUAAAUUUUCAUAGUAGUAGCUUUCACAACCAGAGGCGCGCGCAUCGUUUUUCUAUGCGUUUGACGUUUCACACUAGCCCCUUCUGUUGACGGUAUUGCACAACACAAUGAUUCGUGCAACUUUUCCACCAGGUGAUGGUAGUGUGAACUGGGCGAUGGAUUUCCAUGAAAAUUGUUCAAGGUGUUACGUCUGUUUGUCUGUGUUGAUAGAAAGUGGAUACUGGUUGUGCUGUAUAUGCUGAAUACCUGGUAGUCUUUUGCUGCAGUUCUGCGAUGUUAAAUGAAAGUAAGUGAAUCCAGAUUUUUACAAUUUAAUUACGACGGUCUCGGAAGAAAGUUUACCAAAUCAAAUCAUUAUGCUACAGAUUAUUUAAAAAAUCCUCCAGAAGUGUCACGAAGAUUUGUUUACGAAAUCUGGUAUGAAUUGCGUUAUGCCACAAAAGUUCAGCCUAUUGGACGCAGUGGCUUAAUUUCCCCAAGAGGGGACGACAAAAAAAUGAAUUGCGUCGCCAAUUCCUCCAUGAUUUUUCAUAAAUCAUUUCAGAGAUUGUUUGAGAUAAUCGCUCAGGUAUUCCUUCAUAAAUUUCUCUGGAAAUUUAUUCAGAAAUUUAUCUUGGCAUUCGAUUUGAAGAUUCAUUUAGAAAAUCUACCAAAUUUUUUUUAUAGAAAUUAUUCUAUAAUUUUUUUUUUUAAUCUUCAGGGAAUUUAUUUGAGUAUUCGGUCGGAAAUUCUUUCACAGCUUCUAUCAAAAAAUAUUCCAUGGGUUCAUUCGGAAAUUUUCUUCAGAGAUUUGUUAUGAAAAUCAUCAUAUUCCACAAAUUCCACAUAAAAAAAUCUUUCAAAACAUCUUGCAUGAUUUACUUCACAAAUUCCUCCUUUUUUUUUAAAAAAAAAAUAGCCACGAAUUUAAGCCUUCCAAGGAUUUCACCAGGAACUUCCACAGCAACUUCCAUUUUUCGCCAGAAAUUCCACCGGGGAUUCCUCCAGAAGUUCCACUAAGAGUUGUAUAAGAAAGUAAGAAAGUCGUGUAUGAGUUUCUGCUGAAAUUUCUCCAGAGAUUUCGUUAGAAAGUUCUUCAGAGAUUUACCCCAUUUUUUGAGACCUUUUUAGCAUUCUCCACGAUUUUUCAAGGAUUUAUUCCAAAAUUUUCUCCAGAGUUUGCUUUAGAAAUUGCUUCUGGGAUUUUUUUUUGAAUAUCUGAACUUAUGUCAGAAAAUUUUCCAGGGAUUUCUUUAGGAAUUCCUCCAGGGAUUCUUUUAAUAAAAAUUGUUAGAUUCAUUCGAAAAUUUUCUGCAGGGAAUCCUAUAGAAAUUGCCCUAGGGCUUUCUUCAAAAAAUUUUCGAGGGAUUGUUUCAGAAAAUAUCUCAUGGCUUUUAUUAAUAAAUCGACUAAUAAAAUCUUCAAAAAUAUCUCCAGAUUUUCCUCCUGAGAUUUCUUUACACACAUCCCAAAGGAUUACUUUGGAAAAACUUCCACAGAUUUUUCGAUAAUUCUAUCAUGGACCCUUGCCGAAUUCCAUCCUACGAUUCAUUUUGAAAUCUUGAACGAGUUCCUAAACAAAUCUCCCAGGGAUUCUCAAAGAUUUUUUUUUCAGAGUCACGUUUGGAAACUCCUUGAAAAAUCUUCCAGGAUCCAUUCCAUCCACUUCAAUCACUUUAGAAUGUCCUCCAGAAAUUUCUCCAAGAAAGUCUUGCACGGAGAGCUUCCAAAACUGUUGCAUGGAUAAGGGAAUCCAUACUUCAAGAAUUCCUUUCAAAAAAUCUGGCUUAGAUUGUUCCAGAAAUUCAUCUACGAAUUUCUUCAGAUUUUUUUUUUAUAGAGAUUGCUCCAACAGUUUUCCAAUACAUUUAUUUAGAAAAUAUUCCAUGAACUUACCCAAAAAUAAUCCAUGGAUUUUUUUUAAUAAACUGAUUCACGGAUUCAUUGAGGAUCAGAAAUUCAAAACUCCUUCAAUUUUUUUUCAAAAGCUAUUUAAUAAAUUUUCUCCAAUGAUUGCUUUAGAAAUUCUACAAGAGAUUAUAAAGAAAAAUCCCAAGAUUUAUUCACACUCUUUUAGAUAUUUCUUCAAGACAUUGUUCUUUCAGAAGUUUUUAAAUUUCAUCUGAAAUUUCUUCAGUGAUACUUUCGGAUAUAUCUUUAGAGAUUUCUUCAAUAUUCAUCGAAUUACUUCAGAAAUUUCAGCAGGAAUUUCUUCAAAAGUUGUUCCACGGAUUCUUUCAGAAGUUGUUCUAGCGGUUCCUUCAGAGAUUCCUCCAUGUAUUCAUAAAUAAAAUAUUUAGGAUUUUUUUCGGAAAUUUCUCUUUGUUUUUUUUAUUCAAGAAUAUCUCAAGAGGUUUUAUUAGGUAUUCCACCAGGGGUUUACAGGCGUUUCUUCAGGUAUUUCUUCUUGAGUUUCUUCAGAAAAUUUAUCUAUGGAUUCUUAAAAUAUUCAAGUUUUCACGGAAAUUUUCCAGGCUUUUUUAAUAUUUUUUUUUUCAAUUUCUUCAGCGAUACUUUCGGAUAUAUCUUUAGAGACUUCUUCAAUAUUUCUAGAAUCAUUUCAGAAGCAUCAGCAGGAAUUUCUUAAAAAGUUGUUCCAUGGAUUUUUCAGAAGAUGUUUAGCAGUUCCAUUAGGAAUUGCUCAAGCGAUUUAUUCAGUGAUUUCUCCAGGAAUUCAUCCAUGGCAAUAUACCAGUGAAGGGACGCUGAAAUCGGAGAACCUUGGCUAUAACUAGCUCUGAUUUUACCAUGACAGCACUGGAAAUAAUUUAUCACACAUCUUUUCAGUAAUCUGCCAAAGCAUUACAAUGGCCUUUUUAUGGAAUUUCUUACAAAAUCUGGAAUUCAAGCAGCUGAGUACACGCCAAGAAAGUAUAAGGCAUCAUCCAAAAAUAUAAAAAUAUAUUAAAAUUCUCGGGGAGGACGUCAUAAGAAAUGUUGGAAGAAGUUUGUUAGAAAGCUUUGAGGACAAGCCUGGCGAAUGGGCAGUUUGCAUGCAUCUAUCGAAAAUGUUGUGAUUGCCAAGGGAUCCGUAAAAAUCAUCACCAGAUAAUCAUCCCAUAUACUCCGCUCAUCGUGGUUAUCGACAAAGCGAGAGAUAUUUUUAAAAAAUUAGUAAGAAAUGGAAGUAUGACAUUAUGGAAAAUAUAUAAUACUAAGUAUGUCAUGAGGUAUGCUUUGGCGCUAUUAUGGGUACUUCACAAAACAAUGUAUUGAUAGGAUGUGCUCCGCGUGCCAAAAGGCUGAAAACCCCUGCAUUAUAAUUCACAAUAGUAAAAACUGCAAGUUUAAUAAAAAUAACUUGUUUACCAUUAAAAAAAUGUACAUAAAAUUGAGGGUCUAUAUAAUCGGGAGUCCUCUAUUGGAAUAUUUUACGACAUUUUUGGGGAUUAGACUUGGCGUGUCUGUUUCUUUAUCAAUUUCUAUAGAAAUUUAUCCGGCAAUUCCUUUAGGAAUUUCUUCGAGUUUUCCUUCUCGAAAAUUAUUGUGCAAAUUGAUUCAACAAGUUCAUUUUCAAUUAUUUUGAGUUUUUUUAAAUAUCGCAAUCCCUUUGUAAAUUCGAUCAGUAAGCACAACUAGAAAUUAGAAAAGAAAUAGCUGAGGAAAUUCUCAAAACAAUUGUCAAAGUAAUUUUCAGAGGAAAAAACGAAACAACUUUCUGAAAAAUUUCAAAAUAAUGGCCUAAGAAUAUUUUGGAAAAAAGGACAUGAAAGCUUCCUAUGAAAUUUUCAAAGAACAUUUGAACACCGUAGUGAUUCACAAAGGGAUUUCCGAAUUCUCGAUGAAAUAUCCAAAAGAAUUCUCAAAGAAAUUUUUGCGCAAAUUUUAAAAAAUGUCAAAAAACUUUGCCGGAGCAGUUUUUGGAGAAAUAAAAAUAAUUUUAAUGAAAUCUCAAAGAAUUACAUAAAUAAUUUGAAUAAAAUUACUGAUAUUCAACCCAAGACAUUUCUGUUCAAAUGCUAAUUGCACAGACAAACAGACGUAACACUCUGAUAAUUCUCAUCGUACACCGAUUUAUCGGUCUUUUUCAAAAUAUGAUAGUUGGCCAACUGCCCAACCGUGGCGCUCGCAUAGUUUUUGUUCAAGUUUGACGUUUGCUCACUAUCGCCACCUAGUUGGUGGUCGGCCAAACUUAGUCUUUUUAGCAUUGGGCGAAUAUGCUUCCGUGACUAUGAUUUGAAUCGAAAAAUGUUCGAAGUGUUACGUCUGUUUGUCUGUGCUAAUUGUAUUGCUCAAAUAGUUUCAAUUUCCGAAAAUUUUUCUAAAUUUGUAUCCAAAGAAAUUCCCAAAGGGAAUUGGGUUCUUCAACGGUGUUGAGAUAAUUUCAUACUAUAAAUCUGCACGUCAAACUGAGCUGAAAUCUAAAUUUUCAUGUUUUUUUUUGUGAUCGGGAAGCUAUUUGAAAUCCAAUUUGAAGUUUGUAUGGAAGCGAUUUGUUGAAUCACGCCUAGUCGGAUUUUGUACUGGGUGGAGCUGUCGUCAAGCAGUUGCCCAAGGCGAUUUCAAAAAAAUCUUUUAAGAUUGAUUUUAGGUAUCAAAAUAAAGUUCUAAAAAUCUUUAAAAAACAUGGUGGUUCACAAAAUUGAAUUGAAAAACAUUUUACAAAAUUGAAAACCCAAUUUUUGUUUAUAAUUUCUCAGGAAGUUUUUAAGGAAUUUAAUCGAGCUUUCCUUUGCGAAUCUCCUUGAAAAUUCUUUUACAAAUUGGUUUUCAAAAAAUUUCAAUUUUUUCGGCAAUUGUUUUUUUUUUUAUUUUUUUUUAUGGUAAUUCCUUUUUUUUUUCGUUCAGCAAGAACAACUGGGAAUUUCAAAAGAAAUGGCUGUAGAAAUUCACAAAUAAAUUGUCGAAAUAACUCGCAGAGAAUAAAAUGAAAAAAAAAUCUAAAAAAAAAUCAGAAUAACGGUUUAAGAAAUUACCAGAAGAAUCGUCAUGAAAGAUUCACAUGAAAUUUUUGAAGAAGAUUUGAAAGGAAUUGCUGGAAGAUUUUUCAAAGAAAUUACCGAAGGAAUUUCGAGAAGAAGAAGAAGAAGAAAGCCCAAAGUAUAUAUGUAGCAAAGAAAUUUCCACAAAAAAUUAAAAAAAUCAAAAUGAUAUUUUGCUUAAUUUGACAUUUUUGAUGAAAUUGACACACCUCCCAUCCACCCUCUUCAAUCAUUACUAUAUGUCACACCGCUGAAACAUAGUCCUCAAGCAAUUUGUACGUUUUCAAAACAGGGGAAAAGCUUUAACAAUUGUACUGAGAAAAGGGAACCUCACUAAAAACCGAAGCACAUUGGAAGGAAUCAGUUUCUACGAUGCUAUGUACCUAUAUAUCUAUAAAUCAAGGCGAUAAAACGUUAGACACCGCGCAUUUGUCUUGAUUCGAAACUACUUUUUGGAAAUCAUGUAAAAAUUGUACUCCAAUCCUUGCGACUUCCUCUAGCAGAUGAUGAAAGGAAUAUUUCCAUUGGACAAACAAGUACUCAUUUAUCUUUGAGAAAAUCGUAGAAUUAGGGAAGCACAAAGUUGCAAUGUACCCCCGUAGAAUGCCUUCUAUUGUCCCUAUUACCCCACAUUCACACAAUCACAUACUCACACACCCUGUAGCCUUCUGAACAUAGGAUUUAUAUGCACCAUCUAUAAAUAUACUUGUAUGCGGAGCUAGACUUUAUACACAUAUAUAUACACGAACACACUUUUUAUCACGUGGACUAGAAAAGUAUGGAAACAACAAAAUCAAACCUAUCAUCGUGAGCCAAAGACCUAAUGCAAAAGAAAAACAAAACUAUAUAUUUUGUACAUAUAGAAACAAACUUACUAUAGUUCAGUGUCCUAGCAAGACAAACAAUCACUUUUAAUAAAAAAAAAAAACGCUGUACCACAUGGGCUCACUGUCACAGACGAGCCAUAUUUGAAAAUAUAUUUGUAAAACAUUGGAUAUUUGAAUUAUACAACAACUAUUGAUACAAAUAAGUCAUUUAUUGCUGUUGGUUCAACUUAGACAAAUUUUUAUUGCGGAUUUCAAACAACUAGAUCAAUUUGAUCAAAAUUAAAAUGUACCAGAUGCUGUCUGUUAUGAUUCCAUCACUCAAAGCUGUUUUAUAUUUUUAUUACAAGAAAAAAAACGAGACUAUAAUUGUUUCACUGUGUAUUCGUUAUAAACAAUAAAACUGUUCAAUUAUUGUAAAAACGAAAAGAGUAAAGAGAACAACAUAUUACAUUUGGAAAUAAACUAGGGACGUAACAUAGAUGGCGUAGUACAUUCAUACAUGAUAGCUAAAUCGAUUAAUAUAAAAUUGUAUCCUACGUACUCACACAGAAGAGAAAAAAAAGAAACUUACCAUGUACAUUUCAGAGCUUAUACUUCGACACAUGCCAUGCGAACGCAUCUCCAGCCAAAAAAAUGAUCGAUCAUUUGGUACCUAUCCGUUUGAAGUAGACCUCAACAGGCUGACCAUAUGUGUGUGGUAUGCCUAUAUCUUAAAAACAGUACUUUUUUUUCCUACACCAACCAAGUGAUAGAAAACCACAAUGGGUCACCACUCAAAAUAGCCAAACCGUGAAACAAAAAUCUAUCAAAAAUCAGAUCUAUCCAGAAGAAGAAAAUCUUAAAAGAAAAAUGGUUCGAUCUAAUCGAAGGGUAUAUACAUGCGUACUUUUAAGAGCUGAACUUAAAAAAAUGUAAUUGGACAUUGGAUUUUUUUUAGUUUUCGAAAAAAAACGUCAAGAAUAAAGAGAUAAUUGUGCAUCUAUCAAA